AUGGCAUCGAAUUCAACGUCAAGCGCUGCCGCACGCCUGUGCGCCCUGGCCUGCCGACAGGCCGCCCCGAGGGCUAACACGGUGCAGCGUAUCGCUAUCAGAUCGACAGCCACCACCUAUCGUCGGCAAUUUACCACUACGAUGUCGAGAUGGGAAGGGGAGCAGCCGCCAAAGGAUCAAGAGAAGAAGAAGAAGCAGCAGCAGCAGCAGCAGCAAGUGAAGAAUGGAUCGGAGGAGGAGCAAGGUUCAUCGCCACCUGCUGCUGCUGCUGCACCUGUCGUCCCCCCGGCCCCUGAGCAGAUUCCCGGCAUGACCCUUUCCGACGCGGCGGCCGAAUUCAAGAAUCUCGAGAUCCUGGACAUCACGGCCAAGGAGCACGGGUACCGCGACUUUGACGAGUUCGUGUCGCGCCACCCCGAGAAGGGACCCAUGGCGCCCAGGGUGGAGAGGGAGUUUGAGCGCUGGGUGGCGCAGCUGGACGAGACCAAGGUCGACAAGAACUCUUGGUGGCACGACGAGGAUGACCCGGAGAUGGACUGCGAGGAGGUCGAGGACUUUGACGAGGACGACAUGACAGAGAUGGCUCACGCCAAGCUCGAAGAGAUCAAGGAGAUGAGGCAGUAUGCUCGACGGGCUGUAUAUGAGCUACCUCUAUUGUCCGAACUUGCCAAACCCUUCGAACCCCCUACGUCCAAGCAGGUCCUACGAUGGCGAUACACAACCUACUUUGGCGAGUCCCACCCGGCCGAGAGCAAGGUGGUGGUGCAGUUCUCCCCUGACGACCUGGGCCUCACGGCCGUGCAGGCGGACAAGCUGCGCAAGCUGGCGGGCACGCGGUACAACCCCGAGACCCAGCUGGUCAAGAUGAGCUUCGAGGGUUUUGAGCACCCGGCCCAGAACAAGCGCCACCUGGCCGACGUGGUCGGGCGGCUCAUCGCUUCAGCCAAGGACGGAUCCGACACCUUCGCCGACGUGCCCCUCGACACCAGGCACCACGUGGUCAAGCCCAAGCCCCGCUUCCCCAAGGCCUGGCUCAUGACCGAGGAGCGGCGCAGGUUCCUCGACGAGAACCGCCAGAGCCUCAUGCUCGACGAGGUCCAGCGUGCUCAGGCGGGGAGCGUCGUCGACGGCAAGGAGGCCAUCGAGGGGUACCUCCUCCGCAAGAUCAAGGAGGACCAGGAGAAGGCGGCGGCACAGCCUGCCGUUGCUGCCCCCGCCAAGUCGAAUGCUAGGUCCAAGGUCAGGGCCUAG